CGAUUGUACCUUUUAGCUUCACUCUCUUUUUCUUUCACUUUCAUUUCCAAUUUUCUGUGAAGAAGAAACCAUGUCUAAGGGUCCUGGUCUCUACUCUGACAUCGGCAAGAAAGCCAGAGAUCUCCUAUUCAAGGACUAUCACAGUGACCAGAAGUUCACCAUCACUACCUACUCACCCACUGGAGUUGCUAUAACGUCCUCAGGGACCAAGAAAGGGGAGCUUUUUGUGGCUGAUGUUAACACCCAGUUGAAGAACAAGAACGUCACCACUGAUAUCAAAGUGGAUACUGAUUCUAAUCUCUUCACAACUGUCACUGUUCAUGAGCCUGCUCCUGGUCUCAAGACUAUUGUUAGCUUCAAAGUUCCUGAUCAAAGGUCUGGAAAGGUUGAAGUUCAGUACUUGCAUGACUAUGCUGGAAUAAGCACCAGUGUUGGGUUAACAGCAAACCCAAUUGUCAACUUCUCUGGUGUUAUAGGAACUAAUGUUCUUGCCCUUGGUACCGAUCUUUCUUUUGACACCAAAGUUGGGGAGUUAACAAAAUUCAAUGCUGGAUUGAACUUCACCAAAGACGAUUUGGUUGCUUCAUUGACUGUGAAUGACAAAGGUGAUACUGUGAAUGCUUCAUACUACCAUGUAGUCAACCUCUUGACCAACACAGCUGUUGGUGCUGAGGCAACUCAUAGAUUUUCAACCAAUGAGAAGACCCUCACUCUUGGCACCCAGCAUGCAUUGGAUCCCUUGACCACAAUUAAGGCUCGUGUAAACAACUUUGGCAAGGCAAAUGCUCUCAUCCAGCAUGAGUGGCGUCCCAAAUCAUUCUUCACCAUUUCUGGUGAGGUUGACACUAAGGCCAUUGAGAAGAGUGCAAAGGUUGGAUUGGGAUUGGCUCUCAAACCCUAAGGAAUUUUGAGCUGUACUGGCAGAGCGUCGAGGGAGGAAUUAGGAAGCACAUAGUUGUCUGUUUGAACUAUUUUCUUGAGGUUGGUUCUCAUGGACAGAAGUGUUCAUGUUGUUUGAUUGCAUUUUGAGCAAUUCAACGUAUAAAUAAUACGAUUCUAUAAACCAAAUGUUACUCGUAAAUCCCCACUAGCUUUUUGCAAAUCUCUUUGUUGAACCGAGGAUUGAUGCUCA